AAAUGAAGAUUGAUAUGACUGUGCCAGUGACAUGCCUGAUAAAAUCUGGCUGUGCAGACUACAAGAUCUCUUUCUUUGUGCCAUUUGAACAUCAGGACUCUCCACCACAGCCCAUCGACAUGGAUGUGUUUAUCGAGGAGCGGAAGGCAGCAGCCAUCUUUGUCCGGUCCUUCGGUGGAUUUGCCUCCCCAGAGAAAUACGCUGAGGAAGCUGAAGUCUUGGCCAGAAUCUUAAGAAACAGAGGCCAACCAUUCCACGAAGAAUUCUUCUAUACUGCAGGCUAUGACAGCCCCUUCAAGCUCUUUAACAGGCACAAUGAAGUGUGGUAUUUUAAAAAGUAAUAUGGUGCAGAGGAAUAUUAAGAGGUUACUAAUCAGCUCUGGAUGAAAAUGGACCUUAAUAAUAGCUUUUAUGCAGAAGAUAUUUCAUUUGCA